AGGAACAGAUCCACUAAACAUUACUGCGUUGCCGACGCGGCAACACACACACACACAUCGUCUCCCAAGACCUCUACUCUCCUGCAAGGCGACGCCAUCUUCCAGUCCGCCUCUGUUCAGACCCGAGACUGUCCUUCCUAUAGCUGAAUAGAUACCGUAGACUUUGUUUACUUUCAGAUGUGACUAAGCAGCUGAGAAAAAUAUACUUAUUAGAUUUUUUAACAAACUUGGAUACCAAAACCAACUGACAAAGACUAUAAAUGAGCAAAUUCCAUGACGAAGUUAGAAAUGAAGAUACAAUUUACUUGUGUGUGACAGAAAAGCUUAGUGCAUAAGUAAAGACGGUAGUGCAGGUAGGCACUUGACAAGUAUAUUACUUGGUAGUGACUGGUUGUGACGUGUGUGUGUGUGUUAACUAAGCAGACAAAGCAGCAAGCGAGACAGUAGCAAUGUAGUGAGUCUUCCCAUCACUAACAGUCCGACUUUAACUGUGGAAUUGUGAGGAAGAAGCAUCACGUGAGCAACGCAUCAUAACAUUACCAAGAUGUGUUGGACGGUAACACGAGGGUGCCUGGUUUUGUGCAGCCUGCUUCUCCUGACGAAGGGACAGUCUCUUUUUGACGAGGUGGACCUGACUCUGGGUGUUGGUGACAGUUUAACAGCCAGGUCCCGGUCUCAUUCCACGCAAGGAGCCUCGUUCACUGAUAACACAGGACGCCUGUCAUCAGCAGAGUCUCUCUUCGGCGGCCCUAAGACAUCCCUCAGUAUGAAGGAGCUUCGGGAAGGGGGCUACCCCAAAGAAACAGGUAAAGACGUCUUAUCAUCUAGAAAUAUUCCUCCAGGCAAGCCUAGGGUGGCUUCAGCCACCGUCUCCACUCGCCUCACCGGCCCCCAGUCGGGUGGGUCCCUAUUCGACGACCUGCCCAACGCGGGUGCGAGUUCAGGUGGCCAGGUCAUAGUGCGUCCUGAAACUAAGCUGACAAAUCCCCGUGUAGCAGGGAGAGAUCGCUACACCAACAGCUUCGACGACUUUAUCCUACCAUCUUCCCAGCGAAGGCUCAGCAACAGAGAACCUGACUACGAAUAUGAUUACGAGGACUACACUGACAGGCAGGAGCCUCCACCCAGUACUCACAGGUUCCGGCUGCCGGCGACCAGAAACAACACUUCAGAGGAAACCUCAGACGAAGACUCCGUUUCUCAGACCCUUAAGAUGCUGGUCCACUAUGUUCAACACCUCGCCGCAGUUCUCAACACAACCACACCAAGCACUACCUCCUCCAACACUACCAUUAAUACCUCCUCCAACGCUUCCCUUAAUACCUCCUCCAACAUCUCAGACACCUCCUCUCUCGCUCUCCAGGGAGACCUGCAGCUAGUACUCGAAACUUUGGCAAGAAAAAAUAUGAAAGACAUUAGUUCUGCAAAAGAAAACGAUGUCGAUUUCUUUUCUCUAUAUAAUGAGAAUGAUCUACCAGAACUGGAUAAACUUUUGGGCACUACUGACAAUGAAGGCAAAGAAGCCUCGACCUCUAUUGAGGAUCCGGGAGAUAAGACAUUAGUAGACAUCAGAAGGCGACGUCUGGAAGACCUCAAACUUGCCAUGGAGAUUAUCACGGCAUUUGAAAGUCCCACACUGACAGACGAGAAAGAUGACGAAGAAUUUCAGCUAAAGCUAGCAAAGUCGAUCUACAAUCGGCAAAUAAGCUCAUUAUCGGAGCUAAACAGAAAACAACGUGACACUGUCAAUUCUCUAAUGACUAUGGUAAAAGGAUCUAGGUUACAACAUCAUAAUCAUUUUCACAGCACUACGGUUAAAGAUCUUCCAUCAGUCCGUACAUACAGCAACUAUCUUCCACCAAACAGAGAGACGAAUUUUUUACCACGUGAUCCACCAGCACCACCUCCAACCAGUGGAUAUCUUCCACCAAACAGAGAGACGAAUUUUUUACCACGUGAUCCACCAGCACCACCUCCAACCAGUGGAUAUCUUCCACCAAACAGAGAGACGAAUUUUUUACCACGUGAUCCACCAGCACCACCUCCAACCAGUGGAUAUCUGCCACCAAACAGAGAGACGAAUUUUUUACCACGUGAUCCACCAGCACCACCUCCAACCAGUGGAUAUCUUCCACCAAACAGAGAGAUGAAUUUUUUACCACGUGAUCCACCAGCACCACCUCCAACCAGUGGAUAUCUUCCACCAAACAGAGAAACGAAUUUUUUACCACGUGAUCCACCAGCACCACCUCCAACCAGUGGAUAUCUUCCACCAAACAGAGAGACGAAUUUUUUACCACGUGAUCCACCAGUACCACCUCCAACCAGUGGAUAUCUUCCACCAAACAGAGAGACGAACUUUUUACCACGUAAUCCACCAGCACCACCUCCAACCAGUGGAUAUCUUCCACCAAACAGAGAGACGAAUUUUUUACCACGUGAUCCACCAGCACCACCUCCAACCAGUGGAUAUCUUCCACCAAACAGAGAGACGAAUUUUUUACCACGUGAUCCACCAGCACCACCUCCAACCAGUGGAUAUCUUCCACCAAACAGAGAGACGAAUUUUUUACCACGUGAUCCACCAGCACCACCUCCAACCAGUGGAUAUCUGCCACCAAACAGAGAGACGAGUGUUGUACCACGUGAUCCACCAGCACCACCUCCAACCAGUGGAUAUCUUCCACCAAACAGAGAUACAUCGGCUAACGAACCUGAACUACCACAUCUUCCUCAGUUUAACUCUCGCGAUAAGUCUAAGCUCAUCAUCACUCCAGCACAAAUUUUCAUUUUUCCGAAUAGUCCUUCAACACCAAAGACGCCGAGUUUGUCAACUGAGUAUGGCCUCCCAAACAGAGAUGCAGCUCCCGAUCCUUCUCCAUCUAUCUUCUAUGUCGCUGUUCCUAAUGCUAAAUCCAAACCUCCGGCAGCUGACCAAGUAGCGCCCUUGAAUUCCUACUACAGGCCACCCUCCGGGUUCCUGCCUCUCGAAGGCACCGGCAGCCGGGAUAACUCUGAUGAAUGGAAACCACUCACUGCAGCAAGCGAUGAUGCAUCAUACAAAAGUAAGCCUCUAAGCACUCAGGAUGAUAUUCACGAAAGUGAUACUAGCAAUGAUACCAGCAGUCAUGUUUAUAACUACCAUUACCAUUAUCACUUUGGUGGGGAAAAAGAUUUCUUAGGAAAGGAGAAAGAAGAAAGUUCGGAUAGUAUAGGAAAGAGUUACAAAUCGGCAGAAUGCAAGUCGGGGGAUGACUGCAGAGAUCAGGGCUCGGCGGAUCCUGUUGGUCCUACCUCAGAAUAUUCGUAUAAUUCCAACCAUAGAGAUCAAAAGAAUAUUUUCAACGAACCUAGAGAAGCUGUAGUAGCUCCACGUGACCAAAAUAAUCCACCAUUAUCUUCUUAUUCAUCGAUUAAUACACCCACAAACACAAUUGAGGCUCCAUUGUCAUUUUUAAACCCUUUAAGAUCAACAAACAGAUACGGCCCUCCACCUCCAGCAGACCCUCCUGCUCCAAUGAGUGGAUAUGGACCUCCGCCUCCACCAGCAGACCCUCCUGCUCCAAUGAAUGGAUAUGGACCUCCGCCUCCACCAGCAGACCCUCCUGCUCCAAUACGUGGAUAUGGACCUCCGCCUCCACCAGCAGACCCUCCUGCUCCAAUGAAUGGAUAUGGACCUCCGCCUCCACCAGCAGACCCUCCUGCACCAAUACGUGAAUAUGGACCUCCGCCUCCACGAGCAGACCCUCCUGCUCCAAUACGUGGAUAUGGACUUCCACCUCCAUUAGACCCUCCAACACCAAUAAAUGUAUAUGGACCUCCUCCACCAUCAAAUCCACUUGCGUCAAUGUAUGGAUACAAUCCUCCUCCUAGAGCUCCACCGAAUCCACCUAGGCCAGUAUAUAGACCUCCACCUGCAGGUCUACCCCCAAGACCACCGGCUUUUCCUCCAACUCCUUCAGCAGCAUACCGUUCCCCUCCAAAUAUGCCCAGAAUUCCUCGUUCUCCUCCUCCAUUUUCUUACGGUCCUCCUCCAACUAGCCCCCCAGCGUUACCUCCAGUCACACUGUCGCCAUCAUAUGGUGCUCCACCGGCUGACCCCCAGCCUCCUGCUCCUCCUCAGAGCACUGUUUUCAUCCCAGCACGACCUCCUCCGCCGCCAAGAUUCUCCUUUGCAUUGGCGAAAAAGGCCAAGCCCCCUAAGUUCCUACAACGGGCCCCAAUUGUGGCUGUGGGUCCACUGCCCAGCAGACAGUCAACGCAGCCUGCAAGUCCCACACGUGAUGCACUUGAUCAACAGCGUGAACAACUUGAGCUAAAGUACUUUCGAAAUGAAAUGAGGAUGCGACAAGAAACAGAGAAGUUAAGAGACCUGAAUGAUCUUCAUUUACGAAUAAAAGUUCAAGAAAUGCAGAAAGAGCAACUUAAAAAAAACUUAUUUAAGCGCCUCAAAGACGAAAAGGCCACUGAUUACAAAAAAAUGUUCUAUAAAGGAGCGAUGUUACUUGGUGCCAUGUCGCUUCUGCCCAUCGCUGCUGGUCGUCGCCGGAGAGAGAUCUUGCAAGAUCCAUUUACUGAGUACGAGACGCUCAUCACUGUUCCAGCAACCUUACCUGAAAUUUUCAACCAGACAAUGAUGGAAACAAUGCUCCGACCUUCUCAUAACAGUGCCAAUGUAUCAUUUGAGGACGUUAUCAUAUUACUUCAGAUGACUGGGCUAAAGGAAAUAGAGGGUGAGAGCUCACAAGAGCUUCAAUCCUUGCUUCCACCUCCAAGCAUCCUUGGAAACUAUAACUGCUUGAGGCGCUCUUUCUGCCAGCUCAUGUCUCACCUGGAGGGCACAUCCCUUCAUCACGAGUUUCUUAGCUCAUACCUCAUGUUGUUCCCGGAGUGGCGAAGAAUGCCCUGGGUCUCCGAGGCCCUACAGGAGAGCCAGCUAAGAGAACGUCAUGCCAACACUAAGCAAGAACCCGACCAGACUACUGCCAAGCCUUUCCUUGCCCAUCCACACCCUAACAAACUGCUCCAUCCCUCAUCUUCCCCACGGAACUCCCGGCAAAAACAGUUACAUAUUUGCAAAAAAUCACAAAAAUAUAAGGAAUAAUGUAGGCAUAAUGCACCUUGUACCAUAUUACAGUGGCAGCCGCUUUAGUUGGAAUGCUUUUGUUUCCAAGACCUUUAAAAUAUGUUUGCAGUCUCAAAUUUUACAGGCUAGAUAAAUCUCAUAUUUGCCGUGUCUAAUUGUUAUGUAUAUGCUAAUAUAUCAACAAUAUAUCAGAAAUGAGUUCUCAACUUUCUUUCAUAUGAAGACUGUCUAUAACAGUUAUGUGUGUAUGGGGUGGUAGGGGAAGUGGAAUAUUCAAACGGCUUCAGGAAGAAAUCCAAAUAUUCUUCCUUGAAGCCUUUUUAUCCACUCCUCCGAGGGUAUGGGUCCCACAAUUUACACCAGAGGUGGACCCCAUCG